AGGAAGCAGGACAUCAAUCACAAGCUUUUGCUUCAGUUUAUCCAUACGCAGUACGAGUCAAGAUAUUUAUACAAAUCUCGUCCCAAAUAUGCCUUCAAAUCUUCCCGUUUAAGAAUGACAUCAGAGCCAUCAAGCCGUCUCAAAGUUGAGUGACGACCACUACAGGGAACCCAUUCAUCCCCACCGGAGCUUCUACAUAUCCGUUGUCCAUCCGGUUCGUGGUGACUCGCUGACGUAACGAGUCGCAAAGCGACCGCAACCUCCCUCGGUGCGACAAUCUUCUUCUCACAUCCAUCAACCUCUUCAUACAACAUCAAGGAACCAUGUCGGACUAUACUAUUGAAACGGGUAACCAAGCCUCCUGGAAAUGGGGUGGGGGAGAGCCCUCCGGGCAAGGCGCAGAUGUCCUUAGAGAAGCCGAACUUGCCCUUCAAUCAAACCAAGGCGACACUAUCAGCCGGGAUGUCGAUCUGGAUGAUCCUGCAAUUCGCAUUGCCCGACCCGGCAGCGACGUUUUCAAGCGAGCUCAUGAACUUGAAAUUGAGCAAAAAGCAAAUGGUCACACCUCCGAUGAGUUGGAUGACAAGGAGCAGGGGAAGUCGGAGGAAAUACUGGAGAAAAUUCUCGAGCAAACCAUGGAAAUGUCCCAGGAAAGGCCCGGCCAGCCCCUAGAGGAAUUGUCCGAGGAGAAACUUGAGGAAAAAUUCGAAGAAAGGCUGGGAACAAUGCCUGAACCUCUCGUGGAAAAUCCAGUGGGAAUUUUACCGGCCAAACCUGCGGAGAGACCUGUGGAUGAAACGGCCGAUAAAGAUGAAGAAUGGUCCGAGGAAAGGCUCGAGGAAACGUUCGAGGAAAGGACUGAGACAAUGCCCGAGCAACCUAUCAUGGAAAAGCCGGUGGGAAACUUGCCCCCCAAGCCUGCAGAGAGAUCUGUGAUUGAGACGACCGAUAAUGAUGAAGAAUGGUCCGAGGUGGUCAAGGAAACUUUCGAGGAAAGGGUUAAGACAGUCCCUGAGGCAACUUUCGUAGAAAGAGUAGUAGACAUUUCAGAGGCCAAGCCUGCGGAGGAGACGGAUAAAGAGGAUGUGAGCAUGUCUGGCGGGCUUCCACACCAAAUUGGAGCCGGCCCGAGCAUUGAAACUGGGAAAACCCCAAAGACCGGCGAGAAGCGAGAUGUGGAGGAUGUCAAUGGGACACGCUCGGAAGCCCAGGGUGAAAAGGAAGAAAAACCCGCAGCAAAGAAGCAGAGGACGGAUUCAUCCGGAACUAACGAUGAAAGCUCAAAGAAGAAAAGAGGAAGGCCGGCUCAGGAGAAGAGUGGGCAGAAGAAAGAGAAGCCGAAGAAACCGGCCGCGACGGAAUCCGGCCGACCUCGACGGAGUGGUCGCCUGGCUAGAUCGUAGAAUGGGGUAUCUUAUCGUCUCCAAAAGAUGUGAUUGCGAGUCUUCCAUGCAAGACGCAAUCGUUCAUCGCGGAUCGAAUUGGAUCGUCGCUGGGGAUUUCGGGGAGUGGAAUUCGUGGGACUCCUGAACAUGACGAGGAUGCUUUAAUCUGUUCAUAUCCGCCCUCUAUCGUUGAGUCGCUGUAUAGUAUUGCUGAUUGUCACUAUAUAAUAUCAUCA